AUGGCCGUCGCAGCGGUGCUCGCUGUGCCGGAGUUGCACGAAGCCAUCCUCCUCCAAAUCGAGAUGACCACGCUGCUCAUCUCGGCGCAGCGUGCAUCUCGACCCUCCCGAGGAUGCCUACAUAUAGUCAUUCCGGGAUCACUUCUUCCGCCGGAGCGCGAGCUGGCGACGCAUGCUCGUCGCGCAGCCGUCCGUCCGCCAGCUCGGCUGCUUCCACAGCGACGAGCGCCACGAGGGCCUCUGGGCGAUGCAUCGCCGCUGCGCAUGUGCCGGCUCUAUGAUCUGGUGCAGGAGCGCGCCUGCCGCCACGAGUCGCACUGUUUUUGGUUCCGCGUCCACUGGGCCGUGAUGCGGGGGCCGGCCUCAUGCGAGGCGAGCCAGGAGUUGGGGACACUACUCUUCGCCCAAGCGAGGGUAGUUGUCGAGUUCGUGGAGGCGAAGCAACCAGCUGCGACCCCCAAGGAGCCAGGAGACUCCGAUGUCUUUGACGGCGUUUUCGGUGCGUUGAGCACGAGUCAGUUGAAGUUGUAUUGGUAA